CAGUCAUACCCAAAGAUUAACGACGUUCUCCAAUUAGAUGUCAUAAAAUUAUAUUACGUGGCAUUUAUGCCUAGUCAUCUCAUGCGAUUUUAUCAUAUUACCCCGAUUAAAUGAUGUAAAAGUCCACAAUACCCCUUUUGAUUGACGGAUUAUGUUUAUCAAAUAUGUAAGUAUAAACUUGAAUUUGGGGAUUUUCUCACACUAAUACUAAUUGUCAAGCUCGUUGACUUGUCGUCGACUCCAUUUUCCCCCCACCCAAUUCUAAAUACUCAUUCCGACUUCUCAGAGGUUCAAAAACACAUUAAUGGCACAACAAAAUCAACCUGACCAACUAAAUCUUCCUGACGAAUUUUUCCACCCUAAUGGAAGGAAAUUUGUCUUUGCAAAGACAAAUUAUUCAAUCACUCAGUAGAAUUGAAGACUCUUUAAGUGGAUUACAGGGUGAAUUGGCUGCAAUGAAUUCAAGAAAUGCUUCCAAUGGAGGUGGUGCUGGUGGCGUGGUAGCUUCUAGAGUUGGUGACAUUGAAGCAAAUGCAGUCCUAGGAGCUGAAUCAAGGUUGCAUGAUUUGUCAGUAUUGCUUCAAAUCGUCUCCGCUGUUGGCCAAUACGGCUCCUAUGCUGUUGGGGUGUACAAUACCAUGGCACAUAUGUCACAUAUGUCAAUUGUUCUGUUUUUGGCAGUUGCACUUGGCACAAUCGUGACUUUUCUAUUUUUGUCGUUUGUUCUUGCUGCAAUACUGCAAUAUUUUGGCAUGAUGACAAUUUGGAGGAGAUGACGAUUUGGCGGUGUUUCUACUGGUUUAGUGCAGAGGUACAUAUUUUGGUACAGAGGUGGAGUUGUUUUCUCUCUUCUCGCUUGUUUUUAUGUCUUGUUUUGACGUUAUGGUAUCCACCAUUAAUUAGUUCAAUGUAACUACGAUAUGCUGUGAAUUUACACUAAAAAGUCUCCCCCCUCCCUUAUGGCAAGGCAAAGUGCCUGAUAGCAGAGUGGUAUAUUUCUAUUGACCUUUGAUCCAAACUUGGCACAAUACUAGCUCGUGCUGCAUGCUUUGUCAGCCAGACUGCUACUAUGCUACUGAACAUUAUAAUUUUUUGUUAAUCUUGCAUUCUUACUGUAAGACCGUUUGAAUUGUUUUGUUCUCUGUAUAUAUUUAUAUAUAUAACUAUGUUAGUAUAUUUCUAUAAUGACAAUUGCUCAGUACUCACUAGUGUAUGAUUUUAGUUGGUUAAAAGACAGUUACUCUUGAAAUGCUAUUCAAUCUCAUCUCUCCGAAAAAAAAAAAAAAAAAAAAAAAAAAAAAA